AUGUCUGAGCCUGUUUAUGCCAAUGUAAUCACUGAUGGGACACAUAAGGACAGGCCAUCUUCAGGAAGUGAUUCAGUGAAGAACAGGAGCUCCAGAGCAGCUGCAGUGUGUUUGGUUCUGCUGUGUGUUCUUCUGCUGACUGCAGUCAUAGUACUGUGUGUCCACAUCCAUACAAACAACACAAACUGCACACAAGAGAGAGAUCAGCUACUAACUAACAUUACCAACUUCACAGAAGACAGAGAUGAGCUACAAACCAAGAUUAACAGCCUCACAGAAGACAGAGACCAGCUACUAACUAACAUUACCAGUCUCACAGUAGAAAGAGAUGAGCUAAUAAUAAAGAACAGAAAUCUGUUGAACGAGACACAGCAGCUAAUAAAUCAACUUCAACUUCUUUGUAAAGAGGGAUAUGGACAGAUCUAUCAGUCCAGUUUUUACUUUGUUUCCCCGGAGUGGAAGAGCUGGAAUGAGAGCAGAAGAUUCUGUACAGAGAGAGGAGCAGAUUUGACUAUCAUAAACAGCAGAAAGGAACAAGAGUUCAUUCAAAAGAUUUCUGGUGGUGCUGGAGUCUGGAUUGGUCUGACUGACAUUGAUGUGGAGGGCCAAUGGAAAUGGGCUGAUGGCAUCACAUUGACCUCUGGUUUCAGCUUUUGGGGGACUGGAGAGCCCAAUGGACAAAGAGGAGAGAACUGCAUUGCCUCUUAUCCAUCAGGGUGGAAGCGAUUCAGUGAAGAUUAG